GCCUUCACCCAAGCGUGGUGCUGAGCGAUGGAGCUGGAGAGGGAGGCUCCUCUUCCACCUCUCCCCACCGUCCCACGGGCCGCAGUUACUCCAGGCUCCUUAUUUUCUUUCUUCUUCUCUCUCCUUUUCUUUUUCCCCCCCUUCCUAAUGGCCUUAGGAAAUUUGGGGGUGGGGGGGCGAAGCCAGAGGAGGGGGGGAGAAGGAGAGAAGCCGAGGGAAGGGGAGGAGUUUCUCCAGCUCCCGUCUUUAAUGCCAGCAGCGAGGUGUCAGGGGGGACCUUCGCAGGAGCAUGAGAUGCCCUUACAGACGCUGCUCCCUUUCUCACUCUUCCGCCCUUUCAAAAAUAUCCGGAGCAUCCUGGGGGAGGGGGGGAGAAAGUUUCCUUCCCCUUGCCCAGCUCGGCCACACACUCACCGAAAGAGAGAGAAAAAAAAAAUUAAAAAAACAAUCCCCCAAACACUCAAAGGCUACAAAACCCGAAAAGGGGAAGCGCUCGGGCGACGCUCCUGGCGGACUGUUUUGUCCCGCGGGGAGGGAGGGAGGGAGGGAGGGAGCGAAGGGAGGCAGGAGGAUGGGAGGAGGUGUCCGGGCUCUCCGAGAGCCCCAGCAGGCUCCCCAGGAGCUGCGAAACGAGCAGCACGCAACUUUCCCGCAGUCCGGCCGCUUCCCCCCGGCUGCCGCCCGCCCCGGGCCGCGCCGCCGGCCCCUCGGCGCGGGGAGAGCGGCUGGAGCUGUGCCUGCAUUCCCCGGGCUGCCGGAGCACGGAGGUUCCUACAGACUGUCAUGGAAGGAAACAGACCCAGAAAUGAAACAGGGACCAAGAUCACUGACACCAGCUCAGGAAGGGAUGUGGACAGAUCUUGCCCGUCUUGACAACUGAUCCUGGGUAUCAAAAAGUUUCAGAAGUCAUCAUUCAAAAUGAGCAGGCCUGUGGAAUGGGUUUAUUUGGUCCACAGAAGGCCGUGGCGUGGACACUGGAGCAAGGAUUGGCAGGAGGCUCCACGUUUGGCAGCUGCAGUGCUUGUCUCACUGUGUCCCAUCUUCAUGGCUCCAGAACCACAAUCCCCACGAGGCUGCCCUCAUGCUGCACAGCACUGACCCCACAGGAAAUGCAGGCACAGGGAAUCAGAGGGUGCAUGGUGCUGUGACCUGAACCCCACUGUGUGGUGGCAUUAGUGCCAGCACUGUUCUACAGACUGUGUCCACAGCUAAGUUCUGUUUUUCAUUUGUAUCACUUCACUGUAAGAGUAAAAUAUGAAUAAUACUCUCUGUCAUCUGUGCUAGAAAGCAUCUGGGAGACCUGACUAGGUACAAACAUGGAAAACACAUUUUCUUGUUUGAACCACAAGACAUUGAUAAAAAACUUUGAGGCUGAUUUUCAAAGUUCACACAAUCUCUGCUGGUUCUGAGAGCCAGGAGAGCCUUCCAAAGAUUGAAGUACUUCAUGAGACAUUAUCUUUUUAUAUUGGUUUCUAUAUAUAAAAAAAUUUCCAUUAACUGUAAUGAUGCUGUUCAGCCUCAAGUAUUCUUAGUACUUAAGAGUCAUGAAGAAGCAAUGAAAAAUACUUUUUAAAGUAGCUAAUUUCCUCCUUACUGAUACAGGAAAAUUUCUUUUGUGUUUUCUACUGAUUGUGAGUCAGAAUUUCUGGCUGUUAGCCAAACACAAUACUUGGAACCUCUGAUUUGCAUAUGUAGGCCUACAAGUUAGACAGAUAACCUCAAUCAAAAUUUAACAGAUUAUAUGCAAAACCAGUGAGAAAAGAUUCAUUUCCCAUAUUGAGUGAUUUUUGUCAGUUGU